CCGCACAGGGAGGGGUUUUGCACGGCCCGCCCCGGACCCACCGCGCAAAAAUCCCCGAAGCUGCAACUUUUCCUGUUCCUCCUCCGCCUGGUUCUAAGAAAAGCGACCUCCGCCGUCAUGUCUGGUGAUCCUGUAUCUGGCUCUGCCUCCGGCAGCAACCGACGUCUCCAGCAGACUCAGAACCAAGUGGAUGAGGUGGUAGAUAUCAUGAGGGUCAACGUCGACAAGGUUUUGGAGAGGGAUCAGAAGCUGUCCGAGCUGGACGAUCGGGCCGAUGCCUUGCAAGCUGGAGCUGCUCAGUUCGAGACCAACGCGGCCAAGCUGAAGAGGAAAUAUUGGUGGAAGAACUGCAAGAUGUGGGUCAUACUGGUUACCGUGGUGGUAGUCCUUCUCAUCAUUAUCAUUGUUUGGAGUGUGUAUGGGUGACCAGGCAGAAGAUUAAAAUCCCGUUCAAAAACCUCCCAAAUUCUUCCAUUUUCACCUGCUUUGUUGCCAAGCUUUCGUAAAGGAUGCACGAAUUAUUUUAUCCUGGACUGCUGUGUUUAUAACUCUUUAUAGUUUGAGUGACCGGACAGUUCCAGAAGCAGCGUGCAAACUGGAGAAGGAAACAACUACACGCCUCCUAUCUUGAUCAUGUAUUAAAAUUUGCUAUUUCUCGGACAAAUCCAUAUUAUUCCUCUCGCGCUUAGACUGUUAGAAAUAGAGAAUCGGUUGAUACUUCUGCUUUCCUAAAAUUAAUCUUUUUUUUUCUUUUUAUAAAACCACAAUUGUGACAUAAACCACCACCAUGGUGCCUUCAUUAAAUCACCGCAAUUUAUCGAGCAGACUAUCAAGUGCGAACACUACUCUUUUUUUUUAAGCCUCUUGCAAAGAUUUGCACAUUUGGGGCACUUAAAACGGAAGUCUUUUGGAAGUCUUUUGGAUGCAAAUCUAGUUGGGUGCAGAAGGAGCAAUUGUGGGUUGCAAGCCAAAAUAAUUAUCACCAUCACAAUGGCUUUUCGGAAGAAUUUUGAUUUUCUUUUUUUUUUUUUUUUUUGGCAACCGUCGUUCUACAUUGCCGAUUUAGUAAUUCUGUGAACGAGGCUUAUUUUUCUAUCGAUCAAAUCAUCUUUGUGACUCACUCACUCUUUCAUUUUUGUAUUGGUCCUGUCGGUUUAGCACCCCACCCCACCCCAAAUAGCCCCAAAUAACAGCUGACAAAUAACAUGAAUUAUUCCAGCUGUCUCAACGGAUUGUUUUUCUACUUGCCUGCAGAAAUCUGGUUAUAUUUCUGGGGAGGGGCGGGGGGGGGGGUAUUUCAAUACUUUUGUAUAGCUUGAAAAACGUCAUGAUUUGGAAACGCCGGAAAAUAGGUUUUCCUGUCUGGGAAAUUGUACUCGUUAACUGUAAUUUUUCCUACUCAAUCCUUAACCAGACUUGAAUAGCUAUGUUUGUCUGCUACUAACAAGCAAUCUUGGUUUGUUAUCAGCCGGGCAGCCAAGAUUUCCAACAGGCCGGUGGGUCAAACGGCUGAACUUUUUAUUGUAGCUAUUUAAUAAAAGAGUGAUUGUCAA